UUUCAACCACACGUGCAUUUGAAAUAACCAACCCUUUGUUUACAAUAAAUUUUAGCGAUUUAUUUUAAAUUAUUUAUUAAAUUUUUCUUUAAAACGUAGAAAAAAUGGACCAAGAAGAUUUACCUCCUCUAGAACAAGAUAGUGAGGUGUGUGCCAACGGCAGAUGUGAAAAUGAUUCAGAUUUUUCAGACAAUGAUUCGGAUGAAGAAACCAUGGAUCAAGGUGAACCCACUACUUGUCUAUUUUGCACACAAGUUUUGACAUCCAUUGAAUUGGCUCUAGAGCAUGUUAAAACGGAACAUAAAGUAAAUUUUGCACAAUUAAAAGCUCAAUUUCAAAUGGAUCAAUAUUCGUUUAUAAAACUAAUCAACUGUAUACGUCUGGAUAAUAUAAAUGAAGAUAAGUUGCAAAAUGUUGAAACUGCAUUUUGGUGUGAUGAAAAAUAUUUAAAACCUAAAGAGUAUGAGCCUUGGUUAAGUUAUGAUUAUGAGGAUUUGAAAACAGAGAACUCAUCAGAGGCUACUACAAAUGAAGCGGAUUUAAAAUCUAUAAUAUUAAAACUACAAGAACAAGUAAAAUUCCAACAAGAACAACUGGAGCAGGCCUCCCAAGACAUGGAAACAAUGCGUAAAGGUUUUCAACGAUUAAUGGAAAAGGAUGACAAAAAAGUGGAUUCCAAAAACAAAAAUAUUGCUUGUGUCUCAUCAGUUUCACUCAAAGCCGAUGAAGGGUAUUUUGACAGCUAUGCUCACUUUGGGAUACAUCAUGAAAUGCUUUCGGAUGUUGUUAGGACUACCUCAUAUAGAGAUGCUCUAUUAAAGAACAAGGAAUUUGUAAAAGGCAAAUAUGUUUUAGAUGUGGGUUGUGGCACUUCUGUACUCUCAAUAUUUGCCUCACAAGCUGGAGCUGCUAAAGUGGUGGGCAUUGAUAAUUCAGAUAUUAUCUAUAAUGCCAUGGAUAUAGUCAAGAAAAACAAUGUUGAAAAUAUAACAUUAGUUAAGGGCCGUUUAGAAGAUACCGAAUUGCCGGAGCAAAAGUACGAUAUAAUUAUUUCCGAAUGGAUGGGUUAUUUCUUGCUGUUCGAGGGAAUGCUCGAUAGUGUUAUAUAUGCCAGAGACAAUCAUCUGAAAGAAAAUGGUAUUCUUUUACCAAAUCGUUGCACCAUGAGCAUUGUAGGAUAUGGCAAUGAAUCACUCUUUAAGAACCAUGUAACAUUUUGGAAUGAUGUAUAUGGCUUAAAUAUGUCCAAUAUGCGUAAGGAAGUUAUGCAUGAACCUUUAAUAGACAUAGUGGAUGCUGAACAUAUUCUCACCGAUGCUAAUUGCAUUGCUGAUUUAGAUUUAAUGACAGUCGACUUAAACUAUUCCAAUUUCAAGUAUAAUUUUGAACUGACUUGUUGCAAAGAUGGUGAAUUGUCAUCGUUUGUGGGAUAUUUCGACACAUUUUUCGAAUUGCCAGAACCUGUGAUGUUUGGCACAUCACCCAAAGAUAAGCCUACUCAUUGGAAGCAAGUUGUGUUUUUCAUUGAAGAACCUCAGCCAGUAAAGAAGGGAGACGUUGUUCGAGGAGUGUUACAGUGUAAAAGGAGUCAUAAGAGUGCCAGAUCUUUGGAUAUUAUUUUAGAAGCAUUUAACAAAAAAUAUACUUACUAUUUGGAUUAAAAUAAUGUUAUUUAAAAUGUAUAAAGGAAAGAUUCUAAAAAAUUGCUUUUGAUAUGUAAUAAACGAAAUUCAAACUAA